AUGUCCUGGCCGCGCAAGCGCAAGCAUAUUCAAGUAUCCAUGAUGCAAUCUACCAAAGAUCACCAGCCACUUAAGCGCUGGGCUAGCAUGGUCAUUUCGCCUCGCCGCACUUUGAAGCGCCAACGGGUUGCAGUGGACUGCAGCUACCAGUCCGUCUCUUGGGACAAGAACCAGUCGGACGAGGCCUCGAUAGGCUCGCCAAGAUCCUUGCAGUACGCUCUUCCUGAUCUCACAAGCCACGACACACUACGUGUGCUGCACGCAAUGCACACGAUUCCCAGCGAGCUGCGCCACCUCAAUGGUAGCGCCAGUCGCAAUCACCUUCGACGGCGCUGCAAGGUGCGUCAAGUUUUUGGGUGGCGCCACCUGCUGUGCCAAGAAGAAGAGGACGAGCAAUUAGCUCGUCGUGUGGUGUGGAAAAGCGCCAAGGCGCUCGACUCGAUGAGGAUGCGGCCGUUGGCGCGCCAGAUCUGGCGGUCUAGCACCGAAGCCACUGGUGGGUUGCAGGAUGGAGAGACGGGUGAAGUGUUGUACACUGUCAACAAUAUCACCCGGGUAGUUCACUCUACGAAGAAACAAUACGGAAAUCGACGCCGCAGUCGCGACCAGGUCUGGUUGGAGUGCUACCUCGAUGACGGGAUGCAGGUCUGCGUGGCACGUAAAGAGCUCCGCCAGUUCAGCCAGUAUCGUGCACCUGAUACAUCGGCCACGGAAUGUCAGGGCUUCCUGGUGCGGCCAGUGUACACGAGAGCGGUUAAAUCACGGCUUGCGGGCUGCUCGCUGCAAUGCCUUCGAGCUGUCGAUGCGAGUGAUUGCGGCAUGCAGUCCGCCCCAGCUUUGAAGCAACGACUGAUCGACGACCUCCCGCAGCUCACUCUGCAGUGCGAAGAAGAUUAUCUCUACGAUCUCGUUCAGGCUCCACAAGUCCUACUCGACAGCGUCUUCGCCCAUGACGGCAGAAACGAACCGUGCAUGUCAUCAUAA